GGUGUUGGUCAAUACUUCACGCGGCGCUGCAGACGGCUCAACCAACACGAGGGUUCGCAAUGUCACAUUUGUUACUCACUGUUCUGAAUGAUACAGCUGGGAACCACGAGCGGUGUGCAACACAGUAUGAGGUGGUGCUGACGCCGACCACCGCGCCUGUAAACACAACAUUAAAGACAACAGGACAGUCACUCCUCCUCAGUGACCUGGCGCCGGACACACCAUAUAACGUUAUCAUCACCGCCUCACACAAUGGAACUUCAGUGAUGAACACAUCAGCUUUUCGUACUCUUUACAAGGAAAGAGAAAGAUGUCACAAUUUCACAUCCAUAAGUGAUAGUGUUGGUUACCAUUACUGCUCUGAGUUCUGUCUGGCUGCAGCAAAGGUUCCUGCAGAGAAGAACGAACAACUGCCUGUAUUUGGAACUGUAUACUAUUAUAAGGUCAGUAUUGGGUCAAGUAUUUUGAGGUAUUGUAAAAUUAACAAAAGACUUUAAGUGUGACAGGUAGAUUGACACAGCAUCUCAUUGUAACUGGAAACAAAACAAAUUUAGGGUUUCUUUUUUUAAUUAACUAGUAAUUUUCCCCUGACUCACUUGAUAUGCUGCUUGUCUCGACAUCCAUGUUAACAUCUCUACCAUAUUGGCCUCAUUUAUGGUGAUGCUAAAACUUAAAUCAUUACUUCCGCUCUGGCUCUUGGAGUCCUCGGCCAUAUUGUAAACAAAGGGACUAAGGCGACUUGCUGUUUAUGCUUAUCCUUAACUAUUUGAUGAUGCUUUACUUUUACUCUGUAUAUAUGUGAUCUGGGACAUCACUCACAGUACACGGUAAUCAGCUGGUUGGACAUUACAUACCUAUUAAUGAUUAUGAAGUAAUAAGGUCUACCUCCUUAUUCCCUACCUCCUAGCCUUGUUCUACUUGUUGCAUUAUAAUGUACUAUUCUGACGAUUGAAUUCUUUGUCGACACUGGCUUUAAUGAUUUCGACGGAGGUGACUUCUAUAACUUGUUUCAAUUCAUACCAGUUGUUAACUACUUUUACAAGGGUACGAGGCUUCCUGUUCUACCUUGUCAUGCCCCAUCUAUAUCUUCUGAUCUCUAGGGUUGUGAGAUCAAGUUCCCUUCAUCUUUAAUUGCUUAACUCUCUUUGUGUAGCACUGGUCUUGUUGCAAACCUAUGUAUGUUAAUUUUAGUUUUAUGCUUCAAAAGGUGCGGAUUCUAUGCCAGUGUUGCAUAUUUUGGUACUGAUCUAACAAAGGUGAGUAGAGUGCCAUGAAAGAAUCCUGAUUUGUGUUUCAUAAGGACGUCCUAAUGCUUGCCACCAUCCCAUAUACUGCCGAUGUUAACUUGUUUAUUUGUGACUCAGGUGUUAGUGUUGAGUUAUAUCCUCUCCCAACUCUUUUAGUCUCUGAUUCCUGUAGUUGC